UGAAAGUUAGAAACCCUAAUUUUCUUAUUUGAAAACAAUGACGAUGAUGAGCGAUCUUACGCAGGAUUUGGUAGAGGAGAUACUGUGUAGGGUUCCUAUAACUUCUCUAGGAGCAGUGAGAUCUACUUGCAAAGGAUGGAACGCUUUAUCCAAAGAACGGAUUCUAUGUAUAGGAGAACCAAAACAACAGUUUCUAUUUCUAGGGUUCAUGUUGUUGGAUUAUAGGCUUUGUUCAAUGAGGUUCAAUUUCCAUGGAAUCCUUAACGAAGACGGUUUAGAAUUCGUUUACCCAUCAAUAAAGGAGGUUGGUAUUUUACUUAAUAACCGAGUUGAGAUAUCUAAAGUCUUUUACUGUGAUAUAGUAUUACACGUGUGGGUUGGAUUACCCAUAGAUGCUCUUGGAUGUGACAAAAUUUACGAUUUUAAGUCUGAUUCAUGGAGGGCUCCUAAUGUCAUUCCCAACUGGUAUAUAGAUUGGUAUUGGCGGGGCACAUCAUUAGAUGGAAAUACUUACUUUUGGAUUAGACAAAGAAGAAAUUUCUUAAUCUGUUUUGAUUUUACGGCAGAGAGAUUUGGAAAGCUUCUUGAUCUACCAUUUACACUUGAUUUUGCAUCAGAAGAUAAUGGGAUUCUAUCUUGUGUUAAAGAAGAGAAACUUGCGGCGUUAUAUCAACAACGUGAUACUACUAUGAUAGAGAUUUGGAUUACUACUAAGAUAGAGGCCAAUGCGGUGUCGUGGACCCCCUUCUUAAAAGUUGAUAUUGAGCGGCUUCUUCAUUGA